AUGGCAAAGAUAACGGUAAGAAUAUUCGUGUGCCUUAUUGUGAUCAGCACUGGAGUCAUCGCUGAAUCAUCUACUGAGGAUCAUAAUCCGCCGGUGAGCGAGGACGUGAGGGAGUUUGAGGAACUGUCGACAUCAUCCUCAUCCUUAUCAUCAUCAUCAUCCUUAUUAUCGCCAGUAUCAACAUCACCCUCACCCUCAACAUCAUCAUCAUUACUAUCACCCUCAAUACAGCGAUCAUCAUCAACCUCAGAGAGGCCCCCCGACCAAUCCCUGAGAGCGUCAAGUGCGGCCUUCAACCCAAGCGUCUACCUCGGAGAAAUAGAAGAAAUGAGUUCCCAGCCCCGAAUAUCGACAUCAAUUCCCUUCAACAACGUCCAGCACGUUCGAUUCGAGGGAUCAAUCGGCCUAGAUGGCGACACCGGAGGGAUCUAUCGACCGCACAUCGAUCACCAUCACUACCAUACCGAUCAUCGGCAAGAGGAUUAUCACUCGCCAGCUUACGCCGAGGGGUAUCUGACUGUAGAGGUGCCUGCAACGCCGGUAUACUACUCUCCCGACGAGCCGAAUCAUUACGUUAAUGUUGAAGUUCAACCCCAUCAGCCUGUUCAUCAACAUCUGCAGGCGAUUCAACCUCACCAACACCUGCAGACCCUCGAGCCUCAUCAGCAGGGCCAUCAACCUGUUCAUCAGCAUCUCCAGACGCUUGAGCCUCAUCAUCAGGGCCAUCAACCUGGACAUCAGCAUCUCCAGGCGCUUGAGCCUCAUCAUCAUCAUCAGCCUCAUCAACCCCUUCAUCAACUCCAUCAACAACAGACGAAAUACGAAUUUGAACCGAUGCACUAUCAACACCUCCCGCCAGCAGCCAAUUACUAUCAUUACAGCAGUCAACUUCCUCCUGUCCACCGGCCGGAAGUGACCCUGACGAAGCCGGAAACCCUCUUGUACCUGUCAUCCCACCGUGAAACGCAGCUCAUGAAGACUCGAAAGUCUCCGUACAAGUAUUAUCAGCCAAACGAUGACACUCCGAUCCAUUACAUCGAACAAGGACACGCUUUCCCAACCCAGCACAUACGAGUUUCUCCGUGGAAGAAGCUGAUACAUCUGCUCGGGACUUUUCUGCCGUUCGGACUGCUUCUGGCGGCACUCAGGCCGAAUGUCAAGAUUGAUAAUAACACUACACAGCCAAGUAUAGUGCUGUCGAAGUGGAGGGGUAUUGACCUGCCAUUGGAGCACAAGCAAGACGUAGACGAUACUUGUGAGGACAGAUCGCUUUGCGAAAUUAUUCUCAGCGGAGGCGACAGCGAUGCUGAGCUCAUUCCCAGUAUUCUCUGGAAUUUCGCCAUCAAGUCAACGGAUGAGGAAGCCCGUCGAAACGGUCUCUCCGAGAUAUUCACAAGUGUGAAGAAGAAAGACUGCAAUUCGAUAAGCUGCUGA